UUUAUAUCUCCAUUUGGACUUUUUUUUUUCUUUACUCAUUGCUCAACAAUGGCUCUAGUUCUCUCUCUGUACUUCAUCUUCUCUCUCUACAACAGCUUUGUUUCUGCAGCCAAUCCUCCAAUUCUUGAUGGAUUUCUUCCAAAUGGCAACUUUGAAGAAAAGCCAAAGGCAUCAAAUCUGAAGAAGACAGUGAUCAUAGGAAGGUACUCUUUGCCCAAGUGGGAAAUCAAUGGGGUGGUGGAGUAUGUAUCAGGUGGGCCACAGCCAGGUGGCUUCUUCCUAGCAGUCCCUCGUGGGGUCCACGCAGUGAGGCUAGGAAAUGAAGCAUCCAUCUCUCAAAAUGUUAUGGUCAAGCUGGGCUCAAUCUACUCGCUCACAUUUGGGGCCACAAGGACUUGUGCCCAAGAUGAGGUGCUAAGGGUCUCAGUCCCUGGUCACUCGAGUGAUCUUCCCAUUCAGACACUGUUCAGUAGUGAUGGUGGUGACACUUAUGGUUGGGCUUUCAAGGCAACUUCUAAAGUGGUUAAGGUCACAUUUCAUAACCCUGGGAUUCAAGAAGACCCUACCUGUGGACCUCUCCUGGAUGCAAUUGCAAUUAAAGAGAUGCAACCUCUCAAGUAUACUAGAGGUAAUUUGGUGAAAAAUGGUGGGUUUGAAAUAGGACCUCAUGUGUUCAAGAACUUCUCAACUGGGGUCCUCCUCCUCCCCAAACAACAGGACUUAAUUUCACCUCUCCCCGGAUGGAUUAUCGAAUCCCUCAAGCCUGUAAAAUACAUCGAUUCCAAGCACUUCUUCGUCCCCAAAGGAAUGGCUGCAAUUGAACUGAUUGGAGGGAGAGAAAGUGCCAUUGCUCAAAUCAUAAGGACAGUGCCCAACAAAUUCUACAACCUAACAUUCGCCAUUGGCGACGCAAAGAGCGCUUGCCAUGGAUCGAUGCAGGUUGAAGCAUUCGCUGCGAAACAAACCCUAAAAGUGCCCUUUACAUCAGAAGGAAAGGGUUGGUUCAAGACUGCAAGUCUAAAGUUCCAAGCAGUUUCAGCCAGGACAAGGAUAACAUUUUUUAGUGCAUUUUAUCACACUAACAUUAAUGACUAUGGUCACAUAUGUGGCCCUGUUUUGGAUGAUGUUAGGGUUUUGCCUGUCUCUUAAGGCACACAUGUUUACAGUAGUUGUUUGUGAGUCAUAUUGUUCAAUGUUCCUUAAUCUUAUUAUAAUACUUAAAAUGUUUAGGAAUAAAUAAAUGAAAAAGAAUACUUGGCAGUCUUUUCAUCAUUGGGGUAGCUAACCUAAUAGUUGAAAUGAGGGUUUCUUCCUCUCUUUUUACUUUGUUCUGUCAAAAGAUUCAUUUUAAUUAAAUAUGAGAAAUGAU